AUGGUGCGCCGAGGGGGCAAUCGGCACGGGGUCACGGCCAGGGUCGACGCCGACCUAGUGGCGCAGGCCAUCUUGAGAGCGACCCCGCAAUGGCCACAGUUGCAAGGAGACGUCCCCAGCUUCAGUUAUUCCGUGAAGCGCUUCGGGGAUCGCCCGAAGAUGAAAGAGAUUCAGGUCUACGCGGGGCUCAUGCAGGACUUGAACAACCUCGGCGAAGGGAAGAGAUUCAGCCAGUCUCUGAUCUCGGGCGCCUGGAAGAAAGCAUGCGAGCACAACUACAUCGAGGCCUUCCGUGCUGAGCACGGCCGCAAGCCCGUGCAGGGCAGGGUUGACGGGGUGAAGUAUUUGCAGAGCCGCUCCUUGCGGAUGAUGUUCAGCCACUGGAAAAGAGUGGGCGAGGUGCCCUGCGAGGAUGACAGCGACGAGGACGACGAGACCAUCAGAAAGCACCUGCACAACUCCAUGGUGAUACACGUUGACGAUCUUGACAAUGUACCUGACCUG